CCUUCCUAGUGUUCCUAGAGCUAUGCCAAGGCUGGUUGUGUCUUUUUUCUUUGGGUAGUAUUCAUUCUUUCUUGCUGAUUGCAAGCAGCUUUCAGUGUGAAAUAUGAAAAGACGAGGAAGACCAAACCCAAAAUCUAGAGAGACAAAAGAUGAACAAGAAUCUUCUCAGCCUGCUGAGCCUGUGGUCGCUCAGCAGUCUGGUAAUGAGCCAUCUGAAGAAGAGGAACCUCCAAUGGAAGGUCAGGAUAUGGCACCUGAUCAGGAGAGAGAAAGUGGAGGACAGCCUGAAGCUCAAGGGGCUGGCCUGGAAGUUAAUCUCCUGGAACUGCUUCAGCCAAAGACUGGAGGUAAAAAGGGGGAUGGUCUUGAUGUCAGGGGGGAGUUUGUAACCAGUCUGGAACCUACUCUGGUACCAGAAGCAGGUGAAGGGCCACCUGAGGUAUAAAUGAAGACAAAGUGAAAACACUGCAGGCUGUUGUUGUAUUGGAUAUUUGACUUCCAAU